AUACACUGCACUGAAAUCAGGGGUUGGCUUAGUCUAUUUCGUACGGUAUUCCUGUCACAAGCUGGCACAUCAUUUUUUAAACUCUCUGUGAAUAUAUAUAUUUUAAUAUCAAUGUUUUAUCAAAAAGUGUUAUGCCUUCAAAAUCACAGAAACAGAAAGUCUAAUUGAAGAUGUCAUUUUCCAAGGCCAAAAUAAAGAGAUUCAACGAACUUAAGAAUGAUGUACCUCCUCCAGGAUCUUAUGAUCCAAAAUUUGAUAUAAUCAUGAAACGAUUUGUUAUGAAGAAGUCUAAAUCAACGUUGGAGAGCCGUAAUCAUACACUAAAUAGUAAAGAGAAUACUAAAAAACAAAUUAAUAUUAGUGUCAAUGAUUCUUCUAUUAAAUUACAUAUACAAACUCCAAUGAAAAAAACCUCUACAAGUGAUGAGAUUGAAGAAGCAAUACAAAAACUAAAAAACCAUUAUGAAACACGUUUAGCAGAAGUUGAAUCUAGCAAAAUAGCUUUGCAAGAACAACUCACUGAUCGUGACUCCGAAAUUACAAGGCUCACUGCAACUGUAGAAGAAUUAAAAAGUUCAUGUGCUAUUCAGGAAAGUUUUAAUCAGAGUUUACAAAUAGAACUAGAUCAAGCUGAGGCAGAGCUUGCUGAUCGUAAACAAGAAUUAUCGGAUUUAAAAGCAUUAAUACGCGAGGCAGCUGCUGAAAUGGUUGAAAGACGACGAAGAUUUGAUGUAACGAUUGCAGAAAAUAGAGCAACAGUUGCAGCACUAUGUCGAAGAUUAACUGAAAAUGAUGCUACAUUUAUGAAACUCCAAAAAGAUGGAUUGUUUCAAAAACAAAUAGAUAGCAAUAAUCAACGUUCCUGUCGGCCUAUGUUGUAGAAAUCUUCAUUAUUAUCAUUUCAAAAUGGAUAACAAAUGCUUUAUUUUUGAUACAAUUUAUAGAAAUAAAUUCAAUCAUCAUAUUUUUUUUUUAAUAAUUAUUUUUAAUAUCUGUUUCAUGAUAGUGAAGUUGUUGCAACUUCCUCAGUAAUUUUUUAUUAUAAAAUUCGAUGUAUUUAAAAUGGCAAAUGAUUACUUGAAAGCAAUCAAUAAUUAUUGUUGGUAAAAUUUAUUCAUAUAAAAUAUGAAAACAAUUUCAUCUUCAACAAGCUUUUUCAACAGCUAAAAUGUACAUUUUCAUGCCACAAUUACAUUA